UUGAACUAUUGUUUUAGGCUUAUCAUAAUUCUUGUGUUACACAUCCACUUGCAACUUAUUGCCUCACUGAAAGCGAGAGAAUAAAGCCGACUGGAGGUUUGAUUAAAAUGUCUGGUCCGCCAAAGAAAUCAAGAACUCUUGAAUCAUUCUUCUCAAAAAGUAGCCGCACCAGUUCAGUUGGAGAUAACCCUGAAAUCUCUAAAACAUGUGAAACUACCACUUGCCAAGAAUUUGAAUCAAAAUCUACUGGUGAAGAAUUCGACACACAAAGCCAAGUUGCGGUAGUCCAGGAUUGUCCUGAAGAGGAAACACACCCAGACCUCUGUUGUAUGGCGACACAAGUAAAUGUUGCAAUAUCUGAUAGAUAUGACAUUGGUAGAGCUAUAAUGAAAACAAAACGAGGAGAACAGCUGACAGAUAACGAAAGGGAAGCAUAUUUAUCGAAGAGGUGGGUGCCGCAGAGAAGGGAUGAAUAUCCAUUUUCUGAAAAGAAAAAACCAAAGAAUCAGCUCAUGGUUGGUAUGUCCUCGACAACGAAGCGUUUUCUGGAUGAAAAUCACUUGAAAACCUUCCCCUGGCUAGCUGUCAGCAGAGAGCCAAAAUGUUGCGGUGCUUGGUGUGUUUAUUGCGUUUUAUUCAAGACGUGCGAGAGUGGAGGUGGAAGAGGUGCACAAUACGGAGGUGGAGCAGGCCAGUCAAUGGGCAAACUUGUUAACAAGCCUCUUGUAAACUUUUCAGACUUGACAGGGAAAAAUGGAGCCCUCACAAGUCACCAAGAAACAUCUUUUCAUAAGACAUGUGCCAUAAAGUACACGGAGUUCUUGAGCCGUGCAACACCUGGGAGUGAGAAGGACGUUCGAUCAAUAAUGAACAUUGAAAGGCAGAAAGAGAUUGAAAGAAACAGGACUGCGCUGGUUCCCAUCAUCGACACCCUUCUAACAUGCGCCAGGCAAAAUAUUGCGCUUAGAGGCCAUCGUGAUGAUGGACCAGUAGAUUCAACUGGGAUGGAACCCAAGCACAAUGAUGGAAACUUCAGGGCAUUGCUGCGAUUGAGAGUACGGGGAGGAGAUACAAACUUGAAAGAUCACUUGAAAUCUUGCAAACGCAAUGCUUCUUUGGUAAGCAAAACGAUACAAAACCGAUACAAAGCUAAUUGCCUGUGCAGGAAAUAUUGUCAAAGAGGACAUAGUAAGAGAUGUAAAAAAUGCAAAAUUCUGGACAAUAAUGGCCGACGAAACCCAAGAUUGUGCGAAACGAGAACAGUUGGUCAUUGCAAUUCGUUACGUUGACACAAAAAAUGUGCCAAAAAUUAUCAAAGAAGAACCGGUCGCAAUUUUAGACCUGAUUGCAGACAUAAAAAGCAGUGACCAAUCAGAUGAAACAGAGCACAAUGAAAUUAAGCUAUGUGGCAAGGCAAUAGGGGAGACUCUACUCCGCCAUAUAAGUGAGCUUGGGUUGGAUUUGCAGUACCUCGUUGGUCAAGGAUAUGAUGGUGCUGCAUCGAUGUCCAGUGAGCGAGUUGGUGUUUGCUCCUUUAUCAAAUCUGCUGCGCCACUCGCUGACUACUUCCACUGCUGCAUGCACGCGCUAAAUCUAAGUUGUUCUCGAGCCGCAAAGAUACCAGCAAUCAGACAUUGCAUGGAUGACAUCAAAGAUAUCAACAAUUUCUUCAAGCAUGCGAAAAGAAACAGCUAUUUGCAAGCAGUCAUAGCACGAGAAUCAAUUGAAGAGCUUCAGCGACGGCAGUUGGUGACCCUCUGUGAAACAAGAUUUGUCGAAAGACAUGAAUCAGUUUUGGUUGCACGACAGCUUUUGCCUUACAUCGUUGUGUGCUUGGAGGAAAUGCUCGCUUGGGACUCAUUAGAUACAAGAAAAGAUGCCAGGAGAUUGUUAAAAAGUUUGCAAGACCCUCAGUUCCUUGUAGCGCUAGUAUUGGCCGAGAAAGUGUCUUCUGUACUUCGCCCAGUGUCCCGUUCUUUGCAACAAAUUGGUAGCGAUCUUGUGAAAGCAAUGUCGACGAUUUCUGCGACACAGUCAAAGCUUUACACGUGGCGUAAAGGUGAAGAAAAUGAGUUUGCUUCGAUGUUUGAAGAGGCAAUGCUUCUUGGCGAAAAUAUUGGAGUGACCAGAGAAGAGAUGCACGCAAUUCCUCGAGCAGUCAGUCAAUCCAGGUUCAGAUCAAAUGCAGGUGAAGCCAAUCAAAAAGCCAUUGAUUAUUAUCGUAUCAAUGUGUUUUUACCUCUUCUUGAUGAAGUGGCUGGAGAUAUGAAAGCAAGAUUUGGUCCCCAUCAGCAGAAGAUUGCGACGCUUACAAGAAUUCUGCCUUGUUUCGUCAAAGAAUCAACUUGGCAAGAUAUUUUGCCUGCAGCACUAAAAUACGGAGUCUUUUUAGACCCCUUGUCCAUUGUUGAAGGAGAGUAUGAAAUUUGGAAGCAGCAAUGGCUGUCACGUGGAACAAGUACAGUAGCAAAUACCGCUAUCGGCGCUUUAGGCGACUGCCAAGGUGAUGUAUUUCCUAAUUUGCAUACAUUACUCAACAUUCUCACUGUGCUACCGGUGACAACAGCAGAACCCGAACGACUAUUUUCUAAACUGAAUAGUACCCUGACAGCAAUUCGGUCAACAAUGUCUGAGGAGAGAUUAGAAUCCCUACUUCUUCUGCAAGUUCACCGUGACAGAACACCAACGAGCGAUAAACUCAUUGACUCAUUCGCAGCAUUAAAAUCAAGACGAAUCCCAUUAAAGCUGUAAGUAGUUAAAAGAUGGACAAAAUGACGUUGCUAUUAUAUCGCAAUACUCAACAUUGAAACACACCACUUCUCGCGCAAAAUGAGCUCGCAUGUAGCUUUUCGUUUCAAAGGCAAAAUCUCCGAUAACGUUUUUGCUACGAUAUAGCUACUUCCUUUUCAAAUUCUUUUCUGAAUAUAUUGACAUCAGUUGGGAUCACUGAUUUCCACAAAAUUACUCAAUCAAAGCUCUCAUGUUUCUAUGCUCGCAGUUAGUGUUCUCAUGUAAUGUAAUAAGUAAUUUUGGUUUGUUAGUUAUAUAAACAACUAGUUUCUUGUUAUGCAAAAACUUUUACCUUAUCAAUUUACAUGUUUAGUUAAUGUAUUUACUGUCUUUUCAUUCAAAGUUUCUCGUUGUCGAAUCGUUUGGGGGGGGCCAUGGCCCCCCCGGCCCCCCCUGUAGAUCCGCCAAUGAUCCUGAGGUUGCUUCGGAUUUUUAUUUCAAACAAUCAUCGCGCAUGUUUUAUUGCAAAAUACCUUUAUGAAAAAUGGCUGGAAGAUUUGAGGUAAUGAUUAUUGCCACUGGCAUGCUCACACUAGCUUUCAUAAUGGCCUGUGUCUCUACUGGUUCAAACGGUUGGGUACGCUUUGAGCAGAGUGGUAAAGACCCUACUAUCAUAUCAUUAUGGGCUGAUCAAGGUCUUUUCGAACAAUGUGUUAAAACCAGGCUUCGAGGCAGAGCUGAAGUUUCAAACUGCUACAGUGUUUCAUCCACGUACAAUGGGCAAACACAAGACAAUUGGGAAAAAGCCGUUGCAGGUCUUAUGGUUACAGCAACUGUCAUAAUGGGGAUCGCUGUUGUUCUAAGCGGAUUUUUGAUGUUAUCAAGUGAAGGGAGAUCAGGCAUUCUCAGUGAUGUAUCUCCUGUGAUUAUUGGCAAUAUAGCAGCUGUGAUUGCUGUCAUCGCUUUGAUUAUCUACAACAGCAAAUACGAAUCAAUCAGAAAUAAGCUAAUUGGUGUUUCGGAAAAGGAGUACGUUGACGAUGAAGUUACUUUCGGCUAUUCUCUCUACGUUGGUUGGCUGUCUUCGUUUAUACAUUUCAUUAACAUCUUCUUCUACUUCAUCUACAAAGCCUGGGCGAAGCACACAUUAGAGAAAAGAAGAAAAGGUAAAGGCCUCGUAAGAACGACGCAUGCUUAAUGGACUUGGAUCCUAAAUAUAUCUUUUAGGAGAAGCAUGCCUUCUCCAAUUUGUACUCCAUCUUGGAAUUCGGUGGAGAGCCGAAGUAUGUUGUUGGAAUGUAAUAUGUGACAUUUGAAAUAACAAACAGGACAUUUUAUUAAUGGCUUCUUCGGAAUUAGGUAACUUUCACAACAUUGCAUAAAUGCACUUGUGUCUGCUUUGACCUCCAGUAUUUGCAAUUUUUUAAAUUUCAUUCGAUAAA